CUCAUCUCCUGCAACAGCGACAGUUCAGGAGAAGAUGAUGAGUCUGUGUAUAUGUCAGACGUGUUCCAAGACUACAGUGGAGAUGAGGAAGAUAACAACAGUGAGGAUGAUGAGGUGGACGAUGGAGAGAGCUGGGAAACUAAAGGUGUGGGUCUACCUCUAUAUACACAAUGAUUCACACUUGUCAUCAUGUCUUCCUUUAGACACAGAUGAAGACGAUGACAGCAGUGAUGAUGAUGAUGAAGAGACAGAGACAGAGGAAGGAGUGGGUCCAGCCAUUUUCGUUGAAAAGACCACCAGUUUUGGAGGUGCAGUCACCCUGGAGGAGGAUGAGACAGACCAUGACGAUAUCCUCCAGUGCUGGGGGGACAUGCUGGAGUCAGCCGUCCAGCAGUGCAACUACCAAGAUGGACCGGCACUGUCCAGGACCUCCUCCUCGGAGGAAUUGACAGCCAUU